UAUGAUGUGAAGCUGAGACUCUAGAGGUUCCGUGCACAGUGACCAAGAUACUAUGUUGCCAUAAGCGGACCUGAUGCAGAACACCCCUUACCUAUACUACUUGUUGCCAAUGCACGAAAUGUUCAUCAAAUGUGUGAGUGACAUUUUGAAGACGCCGCCCCCUGUUAUUGGCGAAUAUAUUCAACCUUAUCUCAACUGACAUACCAGAGUCUUCUUCACUCAGUUGUAAGAUUGUCGAUAUACAGCUAUGAUUCUUUCACUAUCUUGCUCUGCUGAUAGUAUUAAUAACAUCUGGGCAUGGACUCGAGUUAUUAAAAAACCCGGGAUUUGAGAGUCUGGACCUUUCUGACAAUUGGAGAGAAUCUGGAUGCAGACUCGACGUAACCACCGACGACGUCCAUGGGGGAAGUCGUGCCCUGAAAGUUUCCGGCAGAAAAACCUGGGAUGCAGGUCCUGGCCAGGUGAUUCCUCUGACACCCGGUGGUCGCUAUGCCUACAGGACCAGUAUCAAACAGUUGAACGACCAGCCCGGCACCUUGUUCCAGACCAUGAAGAUGAACAUUGCAUACACCUGGUCUGAUACUGGCAAAACCGACUACUAUCCCAUUGGUCAGCAUCCUUAUGUCCGGUCCUCUAAUGGGUGGUUUUCCCCUGAACGGAAAUUUCACCGCUCCCCUUAGAAACAUGAGCAGGGCCUAUAUACAUUUCCAAGGGCCAGUACCUGGCAUUGACUUCCUCAUCGACGACACGACACUGGUGGAAGUAGAUGAGGAUGUUAACUGGAAGGCGGAGGCGGAUGCCAGGAUCCAGAAGAUUAGGAAAAACAUCAUACAUGUCAAUGUUACCCGUUCAUCUUCUUUCAACCCAGCUGAUAUUGAAAUUAAGAUAGAUCUCAAGCGACACCUUUUUGGAUUUGGAUCUAUGGUAAAAGAGGCUUGGAUGACAAACGAUGACUACAAAGGAUAUCAGAACUUUGUCUACAAGAUGUUUAACUGGGUUACUGCUGCGUCUUUUAAAUGGAAGUAUAACAGAGGAACAAGGGACAAGCCAGACUACAAGUAUGCUACUGAUGGUGUGAAGGUGCUGAAACAACAUGGUAUGAAGGUAAGAGGUCACAACAUGUUCUGGGGAGUACCAGGACACUCUCCAAGUUGGGUUGAAGCUUUGAACGGAACAAUGCUAAAGGCUACCAUUGAAAAACGGCUCAAGUAUAUGACUGGCAUCACCAAAGGACAAUUGAACCACUGGGACGUGAACAACGAACUUCUCCACGGUCAACUGUACGAGGAAAAGAUAGGCGAUCCUCACUACUCCGAGAAGAUUUACGACAUGGUCCACAAAGCCGAUCCUUUUCCCACACUCUUUCUCAACGACUAUGACGUCGUUGCCGUUGGAGGCGUUACUGACGCAUAUGUCCAGCAGGCUAAGGCUUUCAAAAACGCUAAUGUUGGACUAGGCGGCAUGGGUCUUCAGAGUCAUUUUAAACCCUACACACGACCCGACCCAACGUUAUUGAAAACCCGUCUGGACAAACUGGCAACUGUAGGACUGCCCCUGUGGAUCACAGAGUUAGACCUGGUGCACCACGACGAUACUGUCCGGGCGGACUGGUACGAUAUGGCUCUCAGGACCUACUUCAGCCACCCAGCAGUCGAUGGCAUCAUAUUCUGGGGGUUCUGGGAUCAUGACAUGUCGAGUCCUCUUUCAUCGCUCGUCAGUGGAUACAACUACUUUUUGAACGCUGCUGGUCAACGGUACCUGGACCUUAUCAAAAAGGAAUGGUCAACCCACGUAGCUAGAAAACUCUCCGAGGGAUCGUCCUUCACUGUGAAUGGUUUCCAUGGAGACUAUGACAUCGUUGUGAACUACAAGGGGAAGCCCAUAAUGUACCAGGAAUUCCACCUUGGAAAACAGAUGCAACGCUUAACCUGCUCAUCAGUGGCGAUGGACGUAACUCUUCCCACGACGGUUGAUCCGUUUGUCCACAUUACCCACCCUGUACAAGUGUCUCAUAACAACGAGCAUGUGAUUGGUCACAUGUCUUCUGGAGCCCACAACACCGACAUCCAGUGUGCCACUCGCUGGUCGGGGUUCUCACAAGUCGGUGAUGACAAGAUGUCGUAUGCUUUCUGUCAAGGGGAUGAAGUUAUGACAGGCUGCUCGAGUUAUCAUAAGAACGGGGAAUGGUACCGUGAUGGCGACCAGUUCCUGAUGCACAAUGGCCGGAUGUCUUGUAAGGCUGUUAAUGGCUUCAGAUCAACGAGCGGUCUGCAGGCAGUUGCCCGAUGCUGCAAGACAAAGAACCUCAAGUGCACGUACAGAGGAUCAGGACCAUCUGCCAAGUCUGUGGAUGCCAGAGUGGAAACAACCUGCCUGCACAAUGAAGUAGCGACAGGCUGUUCUGCGUGGACAUGGGAUUCAGAAAUGUUUGGAGCCUUUCCAUCACUGAACAACAAGGGAUGCGUUGCCUCCAAUGAAGGCACUACAGUAGGUUCACAGCCAGAAUGGUGCACUGCUGUGAAUGGUCAAGAUAAGGUUGCUGGCGAAGAAAGGCGUAUUGGCUGUGCUACUUGCUGUUCACUUGAAGCUCAGGGUGGACCUAUCAUCGGCUAG